AGACGGAACAUCCUCAACACCAGUUGUCACUGAAUCUAAGCGACCAGAAACCAAGCCACGCGCAAACAACCAGACAGCACAGUCAGCAGGAUUGGAGCCCGGAGCCAACAAAGUAUUCAACGUGGAACUCGGAUUGACGUCGCCAAGUGCUGCAUCGUCGUUAGGUCUUAGGUCAGCAGAUUUUAGGACAGCAGGUAGGGCAGUCAGGCCUCUGUAAUAUAGUCUUUAAUCAGUCUCAAGUGAAGUGUGACCGAGUACGGUCAAAUAAAAGUUUUUAAAAACAAAACUAAACCAAAUGAUCUUUUAAGUGGCGCAGUCGGCGCGGAUUGUGAUUCGAUUUAGAAACCGCAGUUAGUGCAUCCACGAGGGAAUAUCGUGAGAUUCGCGUUUUUAAUCACAAUCAAAAUCCGCUAACCUAAAUAAGUUCCCCGCGAACGAAUAUCGUGGACCAAACAUAGAAAACCGAACAAAUAUUAAGCGGAGAAAAAUGGAACCAUCCUUUCGGACGCUUUUGAUUUCCAUCAUAGCACUCACCACCUCCAUCCUACCAUCCUUUCAUACACAUCCCACCAUUCAAAUACACGACAUUACUAACAACGCAGGAGCGUUGAUUCUUCAAAGGGGGGAAGGAAGAAUAAUUGACGGACACGAUAGACUAUUGCAUGUGAUAGAUUUUGCCCAAUUCGAAAUAUCCUUGACAAUAAUUGAAAACAUUGUAAACAAAAUUAAAAACACACCAACCGAUUUUUCAGAAAUUAUUCAACUCAAGCUUAAAGAAAUCAAAUUUAUUUUCGAUACGUUGAUCAGCAAACCAAGUAGAGAUAGACGAGCAAUAGAUUUUUUAGGAAGCACUAUCAAAUUUAUAACAGGCAACUUAGACUCAGAAGACUUAAAGAUAAUCAAUUCAAACUUAGACGAACUUAGAAAAAACGGCAAUGUUUUAGUGAAACAAAAUAAUAAGCAAAUCAAAAUCAAUUCAAAAUUUGAGAAUAGAUUAAACCUUAUAAAUAACCAGAUCAGAGAGCACCAAAAUAUUUUGAAUAAAAUAGCCGAACAGGAAAAUGUACUUAUAUCUGAAAAUCAAAAAUUCAUACUUGUAUUGCAAUUAGACUCAUUUUUAGAAAAUUUAAAAUCAAUAGAAUAUGCCGUUAUGCUAGCGAAAGUGAACAUUAUAAACAAUUUAAUCUUAACACCUAGAGAGCUAGAAACUAUCAUUCAGGAAAUCUCAAAGCAGGGCUUAGAAAUCAAACACGUAGACGAAGCAAGCAGCUAUCUAACGACAACAGUACUCCGCCGAAGAUCAUCACUCAUCAUAUGCGUCAACAUCCCCAGGCUCACCCAAACCAUUUACAGAAGAACUACCAUCGAACCCCUGCCACGGUUGAACCACACCGUUCAGAUACAUAACAAGGAAGUAUUCAUCAACUCAGAGCGAAUUUUUGCCAUCGCAUCGCCAUGCCGAGAAAACAACAAAGUUACAAUUUGCGAAAGAAAACAGUUAAUAGAGAUCAGUAACAAUCCUUGCGAAGCACCACUCUUAAAAGGACAACAAGGACAAUGCAAGAUGAUAGAAAAACCUCCAGCAACCGAAACGAGAAUGAUAGGACCAGGAACAUUGUUGGUGAUAGCCGUUCACCAAGACGUAGUCAUCAACGGUACCUGCGUCAACACUCGAACUCUUACAGGAAUCCACCUAACAGCAGCUGGAAACAAUGAAAUUCCAUUACAAAGCUGGAUCAAUAAUUAUCAGCACCAUCAGCAUGUCAGCACUUUUAGCUUUCGUAACCAUAAAAUAUCGGCUCAUAGCGAGGACAAGGAAUUGCUCGAGACGACCAAUACUUAA